UAAGGCCUGGGAGAGGAGGAGCCGCUACCGCUCCCAGACCAGGAUGAAGACGCUGCUGCUGCUCCUUGCGGCUCUGGCCGUGGCCGUGGGUCCGGCCCAGGCACUCCGCUGUCACGUGUGCAACAGCUCCGUCCACUGCAAGGAGCCCCAGUCCUGCCCGGCCAACGCCAAGUUCUGCAAAACCACAACCAAAGUGGAGCCGCUGUCGGGGAACCUGGUCCGGAAGGAGUGCGCGGACUGGUGCACACCCAGGAGCGUCCAGCCGGGCCAGGUGAGCAGCGGCAGCGAGACCGUCGAGUGCUGCCAGGGCGAGCUGUGCAACGGAGCCCCCUCCGCCGCCGCCCGCCCCGCCCUGGGCCCCGCGCUGGGCCUGGGCCUCCUGCUCCUCAUCCUGGGCGCUUGCCUGUGACCCUCCCCGCCGAGGGACCGCGCCCCUCCCCUCCCUCUCCUGGGGUUCCCGCGGCUCUCCCCCCCCCCGCCAG